AUGGACUCUGAAUCAAGUGUCCUCUCAGAGAUAAACAAUCAAAGCACUGAACAAUACAGCGGAGUCGAUAGCAUGCUGACGCCGGAAUCAUGCCUUCUUACCCCUGACUGCCCCCAAUCACCCCUGAUGCCCUUGCCAUUCUUGUCAAAUCCUCUCAAUGACAGCCAGCUUGAUCACAACCCCUCAUUACCAAGCCCCACAGCCUUCGAAUCUUAUUUUGAACGUCUCACUUGGGAAGCUUGCGAUCUUCGUCAAAUAGAUGGCAUAGUGCAGGACUCCAUUGGCCCCCUAAUACUGCAUACAUUAGAGAACCGGCCUACCGAAGGGUUCUCCCCAGUCUAUGAGGAGAAUGCGGUGAUAUAUAAUGAAAGUCCCUUCUCUGAGGACCCGGACCUCCUGCUGUCUGCCUUGAAUGCUCAUAUUUUUAUGGGAUACGCCUCCUUGGAUAUGGGCCUGGACUCGAAGAAUGACGAUACUCGUUGA